AUGUUCGGCUAUGACGACUCCUACGGCUACUCGACCGCCUUGCUCGCCGUCGCGCCGUAUGCCACUCAGCUGGCCCUAGGCCCGAUCACAUGGGUUCUUUUUUUCCCGUUGUUCGCCCUUCCGGCGAUCUCCCUGAUGCUCUCUGUUGGCGGCCUAUCCACGCACGGACCAGUGCUCACCUAUAAGAGGCUCGCCCCAAUCGCAGCCGGCAUCGGCUGGGCGCUUACAUGGCACGUUUCGGAACGACUCUACGUGGAAGGUCUACGAGCAGCACAAAAUUUGUUAUAUUUAGUAUUCUCAUUACGUUUCAACCUGGACUGGGCUAUCGAAUGCGGGCAUCAGUACAAUUCCAGGUAUUGUGUGAAUUUCAACGAGCAGAACAUCACUGUCGGUCCGUUCCAUCACAGUCCUGAGAAUCACUGGCCAGCGCAAGAGUUCAACAGUUACGUCAUUCGCGGAAACAACCCGACCGCCAACAUAUCCGCUGUCUGGGAGCCGAACGAAUGGCUUCUGGGUAACUCGAAGUCUCAAUUCUUCUUCACUUUCCCCUCACUGCCUUUGAUGGUAGCGCAUGCUCUUAUAUGGACAACCAUCUAUUUCAUCCUGAUAAAAUGUUCCAAUAACCUCGGUACAGUUUUAUCGCGACUUUGCGUCACGAUACCAUGUAUACUGUACAUAUUUUUAAUUAUUGGCAUGUCGAUCAGCGGAUUUCACUUCGGAAUGAAAAAUGAGAUAGAGAAAGAGAUUUCUCAGCAAAAAAGAGAUGACGAUCCUUUUGACUACUGGGCUGACAUCAGGGGUUUCUAUCGCACUUCCAUUCUCACCGUUGAUUAUUCUGGAGCUUUUUCUGGUCUUCUUCUUUUCGCUACUAGUCGGCUUCGCCCAGGAGCAAAGUCAUUGAACGCACUGUUGCUGCUGCCGUUAAUGAUGUUAGUCCCAAUGUUGUUAACAAUACUUCGCAAUGGUUGCGAGGGCCAUGUCGCUGAGCAGCAGCCAGCGUAUACGAUAUACGCCUCCACAGACGAAACCAUAUCGUUCGAUCUGCUCCCGGUUUGUUUUGCUACCAGUAAAGCCGGCACACUGUGGGCUAUCGUAUACUACGCGGCACAGUUUCUUUACACUUCUUUGGGCCCAAUGAUCGUAUAUGUGUCAUUCAUCUACCAGUCUUUCGUUGAUGAUGUGCCAACCGUGCAAAAUUUCGCUCCACUCUUCUUCGCCUUAAUCAUUUCGACCUUCGCCGCACCAUCGGUUCUUCUUUACAUGCCCCUUGGAACAAAGAUCACCACUCUUUUCCGUUACACCUCGCAGUCAUCGAUCGUUCAAAUCCUCUGCUACAUCAUCAUCUACUUUGUCUACGGAUGGCAAACUAUUGAAUCAGAUGUACUGACCAUAGCGAAUGAACCGAAUUCAGUCUCGUUGCUACAGUACCUCAUUAGGCCUACCAGCCCUAUCUACACUGUGCUCAUGUUUACGCUGGUUCCCGCAUUGUUGUGCACCAAGUUCACCGCUGUAUUUGAUCUUCUGUUGCGUGGCAAUGACGUUCUACAACACAUUGACGCAGGAACUUGCUUCAUUCCUGGUCCAAUUUGGAUGCGCAGGAUUAUUGGUUAUGGCAUAAUGUUCGCUCCAACUCUAAUCGUCACUAUAUUCGCAUCGUAUACGAUGUAUAUUAUGAUGGUUCGUCACAAGUUACCAUUUCGAGAUCUACUUAAACCAACCAGUGAUUGGAUGGCUCAUACCGCUGUAAAUACGACUAGACCGCGUCCUCACUCCCUCGCCUACGGACUGUAUAACAGCCUAUUUCAAAUUAGCUACGACACGGCCUUUUUCGGUCUUUUCGUAGUCGAAAUCUUCUUUGGUAUCGCAAUAUUUUGCGUAUUCGCACUGAAUUCUCUUUCAAUCGUUGGAUUUUCUGCUUCGAACACAGCUAAUGACUAUCGCACUUUGAUGUUGUUCACUUUCGUUCUGCUCCACGGUUAUGCCUUGAUUGAGAUGAGGAAGUGCCAAAUGAGAGAGCAACAGCCGAAUCGAUUGAUGCUCUACAUCGGAGUCGCAACGAUGGAGACUGCGAUGUUGAACGGCUACAUGUGGAUGUACGCUUCGGACCAUUCCUGGGGAAUAGAUGCUGCACCCCUCAUCAUCAUCGUCUGUUCCACGUUGAUUCGUGGUUGCUGCAUUCUACUUGGCAUUGCCAUCCGAGCUCACCUUCUGGAUCAGAUCCGUCCUACGCGGACGCGUGACGCUACCGAGAUCUAUGAAGUUGAUACUGUAUUGGCUAUGGAUGCUGAAGAUGACUCUCCUAUCAUAUUUGACCUCGCCCGGGCUUAA